AGCGAAACUCCGAUAUUGCAUUCUGCCUUCAAUAGGCUGAAAAGCCCUCUUGAUUUGUAAAGGCGAUCCGAUCUGGGACGUUUUCCGAUCAUAAUUGUACUGCGCUGGCGCAUCGUCUAUCCCGGGCUACUGUACACCUGAAAGUCCCUUUCGGGGUUGUUAUUCACCCCAUGAGGAUUGCGGACAGACGUUCCUGAAGGAAAGCUGCAUCUUCCGGCUUUCUUACCUUUAAAAGAAAAUGCAAGCAUAUGGCUACUCGACCCCCAGAAUAGCUCUCCACAGUCGAGCUUGGGUGGUGUUAAUAUGCAAUCUACUACUCUGCUCCUUUUUGACGGGCUCAGCAGCGGCCGAUAAGGCUGCUGCUGACUACUUUGUCCAUGACUUGCCUGGCGCUCCAGAUGGCCCAUUGCUAAAGAUGCAUGCUGGGCAUAUCGAGAUUACUCCGGAACACCAUGGAAACUUGUUCUUUUGGUUUUAUCAGAACAGGCAUAUCGCGAACAAACAACGUACAGUGAUCUGGUUGAAUGGAGGCCCUGGCUGCAGCUCCAUGGAUGGGGCUUUGAUGGAGAUUGGACCAUAUCGGCUAACAAAAGACGGAAACCUCACGUACAACGAAGGGUCCUGGGACGAGUUUGCGAAUGUGCUCUUCGUGGACCAGCCGGUUGGCACUGGUUUCAGCUAUGUAGACACCGAUAGCUACAUCCAUGACUUGGACGAGAUGGCAGACCAGUUUAUAACAUUUUUGGAGAAAUGGUUCAGUCUUUUCCCAGACUACGAGCACGACGACCUUUAUAUAGCAGGAGAAUCAUAUGCCGGACAGUAUAUCCCCUAUAUAGCUCAGGAGAUCUUGAACCGCGGCAAAGGAUGGAUGCUAAAGGGCCUGCUUAUCGGAAACGGUUGGAUUUCACCCGUGGAUCAAUAUCUCUCAUACCUGCCGUUUGCCUACAAUCGUGGACUCGUCCAAGGUGAUUCAGAUGAUGCGAAGCGGCUCGAAUCCCAGCAAUCCGUUUGCACUCAGGCUUUGAACAACCCCGAUGGGGCCAACCACGUUGACGUCGGUCAGUGCGAAGAUAUCCUUCAAGAGCUCCUUCGAGUUACAAAUACCCACUCGGACGGCGGCAAGGGAUGCAUCAACAUGUACGAUAUUCGUCUGUCUGACACUUAUCCGAGCUGCGGAAUGAAUUGGCCCCCAGACCUAAGCAAUGUGACACCUUAUCUUCGUCGUCCAGAGGUUGUCAGAGCUCUUCAUAUCAAUCCUGACAAGAAGGCCGGCUGGACGGAGUGUUCCGGUGCAGUCAGCAGCAAAUUUCGAGCUAAAAACUCCAAGCCGUCUAUCCAACUCCUACCGAGUCUGCUGGAGCAUGUGCCCAUCGUACUCUUUUCGGGCGAUCAGGAUUUGAUUUGUAACCAUCUUGGCACGGAAGAACUAAUCCAUAAUAUGGAAUGGAAUGGAGGCAAAGGUUUUGAACUUAGCCCUGGCACAUGGGCCCCACGUCGUCACUGGACGUUUGAAGGUGAACCGGCUGGUAUCUAUCAAGAAGCCAGGAACUUGACGUACGUCCUCUUCUACAAUUCCAGUCACAUGGUACCAUUCGACUACGCACGGCGAAGUCGGGACAUGCUUGAUCGAUUUAUGGGUGUGGACAUUGCCAGCAUUGGCGGCGUUCCAGCAGACAGUCGAAUUGAUGGCGAAAAAGGCAUAGAGACCAGCGUCGGCGGGCAUCCAAAUAGUACGAUUGCAGAGAAAGAGGAGGAAGAGAAAUUGCAGCAAGCGAAGUGGGAUGCUUACUAUAGGUCCGGUGAAGCGGCUCUCGUUGUGGUCGUCAUUGCUGCGGCUGUUUGGGGCUGGUUUGUCUGGAGAGGCCGAAGACGAACCGCAGGGUAUCGUGGACUGUUUCCAGAUACGAGCAACGGUCAUGUAUCUGAAGCUCACCAAGGACGCUCACGAACUGUUUCCGGCUUGCAGGCAUUCAAAAACAGGCGUCAAAAUGCAGAUCUCGAAGCUGGCGAUUUUGACGAGAGCGAAUUGGACGAUCUGACGGCGCCGAACUCCCAUGGACGCAAUGAGCAUGAUCGUGAAAGAUAUAGCCUAGGAGGCACAAGCAGCGACGAGGAAGAUACUCCAGAUGCAAAAGGUCGAGGGAAUCUCAGGAAAGAUUAGAGCUUUGAGUCAACUUCUUUUAGUACACGAAUCCGUGCCAUUGGGCGCAACAUUUUAGAGUAUCUAGUAUCCCGGGAGUGAUAUAUAAGUUAUGGAGUUUCGUCAACGCAAAAAGCAUUUUCUGGCUAGAUAUUUCAUGGUAGUUUGUGUGCGAAGGAGCAUUUAGCAUUGUCUUCGGGUAAAACGAGAUUAUAGGGGCAUCUCUGAGCGUUGGCGAUGAUGUCUUAUAACAAUCAACCAUGGCACCAUUUCGAGCCGGCUGGAUUCUCUUGAGGAGCUCCAUAGUAAUGAAGAUCCCGAUUUGCUUUUAAGAUAGCUCAUGGGCAUACUGGACCGACCACUUCUUUGCUCUGCGACG